AUGCAUCGGGUGCGCCUACGUACGAAAACGAGGAUUGGACUACACAUGUUGAGCAUCGCCGCACACACCAGAUGCACAGUGCACGUGUCUACUAAUCACCCGCGUAUGCAAAUGGCUGAUGGCAUGUUGAUGGCAGAGGAAACUCCCAUGAUCCCCAGCCCCAGGGAGCCCGGAUGCCCCAUGCAACUGCUCUCAAUUGUGCUGCUGCUUUGUGGCACCUGGCUUCUCCUUAGCCUGGCAGUUUCCUCCUUCACAGCUGUUCGGGAGCCAGGCGUUCUUAAGGCGGGAGUGGGCGGUGCUGAAUCAGGGGCAAUAGAUGACAAGUAUAGCAGGAGGGAAGAGUACAGAGGGUUUACACAAGAAUUCAAGGAAAAGGACGGCUACAGACCAGAUGUAAAGAUUGAGUAUGUGGAUGAGACUGGAAGGAAACUUUGUCCAAAGGAGGCUUUUAGACAACUUUCUCAUCGGUUCCAUGGCAAAGGCUCAGGAAAAAUGAAGACAGAGAAGCGCAUGAAGAAAUUGGAUGAGGAAGCACUUCUAAAGAAAAUGAGCUCCAGUGAUACUCCUCUAGGUACAGUGGCACUUCUACAGGAAAAGCAGAAAGCUCAGAAGACCCCUUACAUUGUCCUUAGUGGGAGUGGCAAGAGCAUGACAGCGAACACGCUUAUCAAAUGAGUGUUGAUGAUAUUUCCAGAAUCUGUAGAAGAGAUUUGGCUGGACACAAAAUCAUUCAUCUUUUGUGCG